AUGUCUACUUCUAGUCGCCGGCGCAAUCGGUCGUUGGCUUCAUGCGAGCCGUGCCGUAAAGCAAAAGUCCGAUGUGACCACCAGAAGCCUGUCUGCGGCGGAUGUCUCCGCAGACAACUGCAAAAUAGAUGCUGGUAUCACCCAGCGCCACUUACCAGGCGAGCUACGGCAAUGCCAACCCCGAUCCUGGACCCAAUACAGCCUAUCUCAAAUCUAUUAGAGACACACACGUUUCUCGAUUCUCCGCAAGCAAAUGAAUCGGUCAGCCAGGGUAGGGCAGAGAUGGAGUCAAUCAGGCCUGCCACAUUCAAGCCUUGGCUUUGGCCGUUUGCUUCCUUGGUCGCUCCCGAAUCGAGAUCGUAUUUCUCGCGCGUGGAGACUGAGAGUAAGCUGGCUCAUGAGGCAAACCUGGCGACCAUGAUCCAUCUUGUGUCAAAGCUCUCAUUGUUGCCGACAAUUGAAAGGCUGUUAAACGAGUACUACAAGUUUAGCCAGGCUGCGCUGGUUGCAAGGCCGAUCGUUUCUCAGCUCAUAGCAUCCAUGAAAACCGGUCUGACCAUGGCAGGCUAUGCCAACGAAAGUGAGGAUGGAGUACUGGAGAUCCAGGACCCUACUCAGCUUGCAAGAGGCGUACUUCAAGCGUCGUCGCUCGAGAUCACGAUAACACCAUCCUUGGAUCCUGAAGGAUUUUGCGCACUUUUCACGGGUCCUUGUCUACGUGUCGAGGCUUUGGGUCUUGUAUAUACCAUUGCCGCACGUUCGGCGCUGUAUUUUUCUCGUCAUGAGGAUGAAAGUGAAGAUGCCCUGAUGCAGGAUAUGAUAUGGUAUAGCGAUUCUUGUCUGCGCCUUGCGCGGGAGUUAAGCCCACGGACGACAGACUUGAUUAUAUGGCUGGCGCAAGAAAAUCUCCAACUUACAACGCUUCUUGCAGGAGAUGCGGGACUCCACGGCUGGCGGCGAGUUAGCGAUCUCUCAAACGAUGUAUUCGCGCUCGGUCUCAAUCGCGAGGCAACCUACUCCUCACGCGCAAUUCCCUUCUUUCUGGCUGAAUGUCGAAGAAAGACAUAUGCUUCCUCCUAUUACCUGGACAAGGUAUUUGCCAUAGUACUCAGUCGGCCACCUCGUAUGUCAGCUCGUCAUGCAGACUGCAAACUGCCUCUCGAUCUGGCAUCAAGGGAUAUUUUCGUGUCAUCGGAGGCAGAAGUCGAGAGCUCGUGUAGGAAGGUGACUUCCGAUGGUUGGGCAAAUGAUUCGAGAUAUCAUACGACAACAUGGGCUCGCGUAAGAUGCAUCCUCGGCGUUUUCCGGGAGGAAAUGAUUGAAUUUCAGAUUUCUGCCGUGCGCCCUGUCGACAAGACAAAACUUCUAGAGCUGUUUGACCGUUGUAUACAAGUGUGGGAUUCUUUGCCUCCCCAUCUCAAGUAUCGCCCCGACUGUUGGGACUCGGAUAUCCCUGUGGCUGGCUGCUUUAUGCUCGGCAAAAUCUAUUUGUCCUACCUUCACAUACAAUUUUACAUCCAAAGGAUCCUAGGCGAAGGGUUGCAAACACCUUUGCCAAUGCUACUGGAACUUUCCUCCAGCAUUUUGGAAACAGUCAUCCAAAUGACAAAUUCCCGGAACAAGACAUCCUUUACCUUUCGUGAAGUUCCCGAGAUCUUGCUAUCUUACGGAUUGCCCUGUGCCUCCAUUCUGAUCACAGCUCUGGAAAGUGCUUCUCGAGAUCCGACCCAGCCGCUUCCACCCCUUUUAAAGCCGAGUGCUUUGAUUCGGAACCUGUCGGUCUUGGUCGCCAAUCUUGAUCUUAUGACGCGCCCUGGUGACCCUAAUCAUACUUAUUGCCAACAGGCAUCAAAGACGCUUUCACGCAAACUUGAUCGCAUUUUGGAUUCAUUUGCCGGGCUACGCACAACGGGCGCCCCUAUUGACAAUGUUUCGAGCUCGAGCAAUGACAGGCAGAUCUCCGAUAUCACUCCUCAAACGAUCUCUGCGUCAACCCCACUGACUGUAGACACCGCCGCAGGAUUCUCAGAUCUUGAUAACAUUGAUCUAGCGGAUUUCGAUAACUUUGAUCUCGCAACAUGGGUUAUGGAUGUUGACUUGGACCCAGCUGGCGGGGAAUGGAACACUGAAUGA